UCCUCCCUGUUGGCUAUCACCUCUCAUCUGCACGCCCGAUCUCUCACCACUUUCUCAUUCGUUCCUCUCAGAAACCCUAGCCCUAAUUCUUCUCCCUUCUUGUUUGCUCUCGAGGCCGUAGGCAUGGCGGCGGAGGAGACCUCAGCGGCGGCGGUGGAGGAGACAGUGAAGGAUUCCGCCCCGGCGGAGCCCGCGGGGGAGAACCCGCCGGCCAAGACUGCGUCCAGGACGAAGAAAACGAAGGAGCCCAAGGCCAAGAAGCCCUCCGCUCCCAGGAAGCCCCGAGCUCCUCCUGCUCAUCCCCCUUACGUGGAGAUGAUCGGAGAGGCGAUUACAUCGCUGAAGGAGAGGACGGGGUCGAGCCAGUAUGCGAUCACCAAGUUUAUUGAAGACAAGCACAAGGCUCACCUCCCUUCCAACUUCCGCAAGCUCCUCCUCUUCCAGCUCAAGAAGCUCACCGCCAGCGGCAAGCUCACCAAGAUCAAGAACUCCUACAAGCUUCCCCCCGCCCGCCCCCGUGCUCCAGCCAAGCCUGUCUCCGCCCCCCCUUCCGCCAAGCCCAAGCCGAAGCCGAAGCCAAAGCCUGCCGCGGCCGCCAAGCCGAAGCCGAAGCCGAAGCCGAAGACCAAGCCCAAGCCUGCCGCGUCCGCGAAGCCGAAGCCGAAGCCGAAGACCAAGCCGGCGACGGCCGUGAAGCCGAAGCCCAAGUCCCCGGCCGCGGCCAAGCCCAAGGCUCCCGUUGCGAAGCCGAAACCGAAGCCUGCGGCGAAGGUAACCAAGCCGAAGGCGAAGGCGCGGCCGGCGAAGGCGGCCAAGACCUCCACCAAGGACACGCCAGGGAAGAAGUCCGCCGUGCCAGCGAAGCCCGCCGCCUCCCAGAAGAAGACCGCCGCGCCGGCGAAGUCCGCCGCCUCCCAGAGGAAGGCUGCCGCGGCCAAGGCGGCGCCGAAGAAGGCGAAGGCCGGGAAGACCGCGGCUAAGCCUCCGGCGAAGAAGGGCCCUGCUAGGAAGGCCAAAAAGUAGAUUUUUAUUCCCCCCUUUUUUUUUUUCUAUUUUUUAACCUUUAUUUUCCGAGGGACAGUGGUUUGUAAAUUUAAUGAUGCGGUAGGGGUAUGUAUGGUGUUUUCAUACCUUUGUUUUUUUAUUUCUUUUUAAGAGAAGGAAAAAAUAUUUGCACACCACUCUUUUAUCGAAA